GAAGAGGAUUGGUGGAUUAGAGAAAGGCUGUGCUUAUAAGUGCUGCUCGCAGACAAGGUCAACUUUACUGCCAACAUGAAGCUCCUAUUGAUUUUCGGACUGGUGGCGGUUGCUCUGGCUGAUGUUACUCACUUUGAGGGAGAUAAAGUCUUGAGACUGAAGCCAAAGCUGAAUGAACAUGUGAUCUUCAUCAAGGAGCUGGCUAACAGCAUUGACGUCGACAUGUGGAGCCCUGAGAGCGCUGAACAGGUGACCAUCGACAUCGAUGUGGACAUCCACAUACCAGCCCAGUACCUUGACAUAGUGUUCACCAUGUUGGGGCAGAGCGACGUAGAGCAUGAGGUUCUUAUUGAGGAUGUUGAGGCUGUCAUUAAAGGCCAGGCUGACAGUGGACGGACACCCAGAGCUCACAGUUACACGAAGUACAACACCUGGAGUGACAUCCAAAACUGGAUCAACUCCAUUUCCUCCUCCAACCCUAAUCUGGUCAGCAAGCAGGUGAUUGGAAACACGUAUGAGGGUCGCCCUAUGACUGUCCUGAAGCUUGGAAAGACAUCCAGCUCUGCUAAACCUGCCAUCUUCAUGGACUGUGGUAUCCAUGCCAGGGAGUGGAUCUCUCCUGCUUUCUGCCAGUGGUUUGUCAAAGAGGCUCUGUCCACUUACGGCAGUGACUCUCAGAUGACCAGUCUGCUCGACCAGAUGGACGUCUAUGUUCUGCCCGUCUUCAACAUCGACGGCUACGUGUACACUCACACCAACAACAGGAUGUGGAGGAAGACUCGUUCCACAAGAUCUGGAUCAAGUUGCUUUGGAGCCGACCCCAACAGGAACUUUGACGCUGGAUGGUGCACCCUUGGAGCCUCCAGUAAUCCCUGCAGCGACACCUUCUGUGGCUACUCUCCUGAGUCUGAGAUUGAGGUGAAGAACGUGGCUGACUUCAUCCGCAGGAACAAGUCCAUCAUGAAGGCCUACAUCACCAUGCACUCCUACUCUCAGCUGCUGCUCUUCCCUUACUCCUACAAAUAUGGGCUGGCUGCAGACCACAGUGAGCUGCUGGAGGUUGCUGAGGGAGCGAGUUCUGCUCUGCGGAGUCUGUAUGGCACUCCCUACACCAGUGGACCUGGAGCUACUACUAUCUACCCUGCUGCAGGAGGCUCUGAUGACUGGGCCUACGACCUGGGGGUGAAAUAUUCCUACACCUUUGAGUUGCGUGACACCGGUCGUUACGGCUUCCUGCUGCCCGAGUCCCAGAUCAAACCCACAUGCGAGGAGACUAUGCUUGCCGUCAAGUACAUCACCGCCUACGUGCAGAAGAACCUCUAUUAGGGAGCAGCCAAGACCCCUGCCUCUGCACCAGCCCCCAGCCUUUCCAGCCAUCCUCUGCCCGUAACCAUGGAUACGAGCGCCUCCCGCCAUGUUUUCUCACUGCGUUUGACAGAAUGUCAAAAUGAGUGCAAACAAUAAAAUCAAUGAUCCA